CACUUCCGGUCGAAUGAUGCAUGUACCUAUCUUCUUAACUUAGGUAGUAUCUUUCAGAGAGAAGCUUCAUUCUUGUUUCUCUGUGCGUUCCGCAGCAUUUUCGAGUAUGCUCAAGCCUCAUGACACGGAGUCGCAAGAGCCUGAAGCAUUUCUCCUCCGUGUGAUGUCACCGGGGACUCAAUCCAAUUCCUUCUCGGCUUCUUUUGCUACGAUUGACAGUUUCUGUCCGCACUUAUUAUUGUCGUCUCACUCCGAUCCACUCGACCACUCUCUACUUUUCACGCGGAUGGUGGCACGCCCCAGAGACUCGCUUUGACGCUUAUUUAGUGUCUGCUCUCAGCGGUCUCGAGUGUCACCACAAUCUGUGUGUUGCGUCACCAGAAUGGCGUUCAGUAGCGAUCCCGGCAACAAAUCACCCAAGGCCCGUUCACGAGAGGGUUUGCAACUUAGACCCCUGAAUGUGGAGAAAGGGGCAGAUAGAUAUUCUACUGCAACUGAUACUUUCCCUCCUCAAACCGCGACAUGGAGAAACAACCUGAUUGCGCUGUCGCAGCGUCGCAACUUGUUAUUUGUCGCCUACAACCAUCAAAUUUAUGUCUGGCAGCCGGUGGGGUUUUAUCAGACCCUAGGCAACCGGCCUGAGAUGAUUAUCACUCCGGUCAUGCGGGAGCCCUAUGCUGAAGGCUAUAUCCUACCGUCGUCCCCUCACGCAAUCAACAACAUCCUCGUUGAGGAUCUGGGUCGAGAAGAGGUCUUGCUGCUUGUAACCGACUCUGGAAAUGUCUGCGGCUACCGGGUGGAGGCCGUUUAUUCGGCCUUGAAGCGAGCCAUGAAGACUAAUGAAAGUCGACCCAUUGAUGGUUCCCAGGUGGACCCGUUCUUCGCUGAAUACGUCGAAGCUAGCGCCUGGGGCUUGGCUAUCCAUAAGUUCGCCCGUCUCAUUGCUGUGACUGCAAAUACAGGCCUUGUCACUAUUUUCGCAUUCGCUCUGGUUGAUUCUUCUUCGGACAAGAGUAGCGAGUCUGAUUGCGGCCCCGAGGAAGCAGAUGAUCUUGCCGACUACGGUCAGACCUGGUUGCACAUCAAAAGCGGGGAGCAAUUGGCCCAGCUACGGCAGCUGAUGCCGCACAAGCAUCGAACUCGGAAUAUCAGAUUGACAUACACGGGUCAUUUUGCCAAUAUUCCCUCGGUUGCCUUUCUAAAUUGUGACCUGGACCCGAAUGGAAUGUGGAUGGUCAGUACGGACAUUGACAACAAGCUUCUCGUGUGGAAAACCUGGGAAAGCCUCGGCCCGUUCAAUGUCUACCAUUUCAACGAUGUGUCGUUCAGGUCAUUCCCAGAGUCUAUGCACCUAGAAGAUCGUGGUUGGGCGGUACUCGCUCUAGAUCCUCGGAGCUUUCAUCUGCUCAAGUCUCCGGAAGAAGCGUGUGGCGGGUCCCUCCAACGCCGCCUGAAAAAUGGACAAAUGGUAUACGACUUGACUAGAGUCAAUAGUAAGAUCUCGAAGGCUUCUCAAAUAUACAACUAUUUCCCGCCUGCGCCUAGGAUUGAGCCGGAGCAAACGCUUCUUCCUGAUAUUUUGGGACCAGAAUGUCGCAUCAACAAACCAAACGAUGCUACGCGAAACGUUAUCUUUGAUGGCUCGCGAUGGAGACUACGAGAAAUGCAGAGUGACGACCUGACAGCAGAGCUUCGGCGGCCUGAUAACCCGUCCGCGGUCGUUCGAGCCGUGGACCCGGCUGGUACGUCCAGCUACCGGGCCGUGAAUAGCUCUAUAUUUGAGGACAACACGAGCCUGGAUAGCAUGUCUGACACCGAAAUGAGUACUGGGCUUCCUGAUAAUCAGGGGCAGCAGAUUGAUGGCACGCCUCUUCCUCCCGGUCAAGCCCCGUUGACAACGCCGGAAUUCCUCCAGUUCGCGCUACUCGAAGCACUCGGCGGCGAUGCUCCUGGAGCCGAAUACAGUGAUGAUGAUAUGGAAGACUACUCGGAUUCCGAAGAAGACUGGCACACUGAGCGGUAUUAUGCUAGAUUGGACGAGUCCGAGGCAGACGAAGCGUCCGCCAUGGCAGCUAGAUUUCAAAUCCUUGACCCCCCCAUGAACUCCAAUUUUCCUAUCCUUCAUUUCUCUCAAACCGACAUUCGGCUUAUUCCUCACCCUUUUGCAACCCAUGCCAAGGUCGUCUGCGGGGAACCUCUCCGGCAGCCCUUCACACACCCCAUCGUCUCUAUUCGCUCCUGUGACCGCUUCAACAUGGUAAAAUAUGUACCCGAGCAUGGGAUUGUCGUUGCAGCAUCGCAAAAGGGUCGUGCGGCCAUAAUUGCUCUCACUGAGUCCGAGGUAAUCGGACAUUCUUUCCGUGUAGACUGGAUUGUCCCUUUCGAGCAUCAGGAAAAGUAUGGCGAUCGUCCUUUGAUUCCCCUGUUGGGUAUGACCGUCGGUCCGGUGCAGGGGUUUGAGGUACCUCCUGACGUGCCUUAUAUUCCACGGGACGUGAGGAAUGAUGACUUCACGUUUCGGUAUAAGUAUACUGGUCCCGGCAUGAGUGAAGAGCCGCUAGAUGCUACUCCAGUCAUCGACACACGAGAGAGCCAAGCGCAGUCGUCUAGAAGAAACCCAGCAUUCCCUGCACGACCUUCUUACCAUGCCCACACGGCUAGGAAAUGGUCCGGUGUUAAAGGACACGAACCACGUCCGUCUAUCUCGCUCGUCCACGAUGCCUUCAUCCCGCCCUCAGACUUCCAAAAACCCUCAGCUUCCGUUCAUUCAAGCUCGUCUUCCACCCAACGACCAUCCAAGUCCUCGUCCACCACACCCUUUACUCUUCCAGAGUGCCACGCUCUUGCCACCCGGGCCUAUCAUCCCGAAGAAAGCUGGCGAGGGUGGAAUCCUUCCCGACGAUAUCGAUUGAUACUGAUGUACGCUGAUCAUACGGUGAUGAGCUACGAGUUCUGGUACACCUGGAACACCGCGGGAGAGAAUGGUGGUCCGGGGGAAGAGGAUGAAGAGGCGAUUUUGAUUGUGUAGCCUAGUUCUCUGCAGUGUAUUCUGGCAGCCUGUCUUGUCUAUAUACCCACAAAGAGAGACCAAUGGAAUGGUUUGUGCCUGAAUCUCGUGUCAGGGAUGCGUCUCAACGUCAGUUGGCUAGAUUCCUG